AUGAUAAACGAUCUACCGGAAGUCGUAAGACAUGGUGCUUGUUUGUUAUUUGCAGAUGACCUUAAGUUGCUGUUAGAGAUUAGGUCAGAGGCAGAUUGCAGGCGCUUGCAAGAGGACAUCGAUCGCAUAGUACAAUGGAGUCAUGAAAACAAGCUGUACUUUAACGUAUCCAAGUGCUCGUUGAUGAGUUUCACCCGUGCUCGUGCACCGGUGCGCUACGAUUAUGUGGUGGAUGCGGCGCCACUGCAAAGAGUCACAGGGGUGCGAGACUUGGGUGUUUUCAUGACUCCCGAUCUGACAUUCCGUGAGCAUAUAACCAGAAUCUGUAAGAAGGCAUACAGAAACUUAGGAUUUGUUUUGAGACAGACACAAAGCUUCACAAAUAUUACAACAGUUAGAGUCCUAUAUGAUGCACUAGUCAGGAGUCAUCUGGAACAUAGUGCGGUCAUAUGGGCUCCACAUGAAGCUAAGUACACGUUAAUGCUGGAGAGCGUUCAGAAUAAGUUCACACGCCACCUGUACAAGAGAUUGUAUGGGGUAUAUCCGUUUUACCCACUGAUGUAUCCCACUCUAUUUAUCCUGGGUAUGGUUGGAUAUAAUCAACUGCAUGUCCGGCGAGAGUUUACACUGGUCGCCUACUUGGUGAGGGUGCUUCGUGGAGUGGAGAGUCACCCGACAGUAUUGCGGCACUUAAGUCUGUGUGUGCCGGACCGCUACGUGUGGCGACGGCGGAGUCCGCCUUUGCUGUUGGUACCUACAGCGAGAACUAACUUACUCGCUAAGGCACCUCUUACCAGAGCUAUCCGUACCAUUAACGACCUUCAGACACAGAUUGAUGUGUUAACAUGUUGUUUUGAAAAGGAAAGUGACUAUUUGUCCGCUCGGUUGGUGCCAUUGGCGGGCGAACCGAGCCGACCCGAACUGCGCGCAUAG